AUGCACAUAUCUAAUUUGGUGAUUUUUUUCGUGUACCUCUUUAUGCAGAAUGGAGUAAAUUGCACAUAUAAAUGUCGUCUUAUUCGUGACAAUCGUUUAUUUUUGAAUCAGACAGCAAGGGGAUCAAAUUUUACCUUUUGUAUGAACAGAGCCAAAAAGGCAGGGAAAUUAUCAAACGGGGUCUCUCCAAACGGGGUCUCUCCAAACGGGGUCUCUCCAAACAGAGUCUCUCCAAACGGGGUCUCGCCAAAUGGGGUCCUGUUCAAACUUAACUUGCGAAGGGGAAACCUAAACGAGGAAAAAAUUCAAGCGUUGCAUUAUUCCACUUUUAGGAAAAAGGCAAGUGCUGUUUAUCUUUGGGGGAGGUUCAAAAAUGGAUUCGAUUUCUUUGGCUUCUUCAAAAGUUCCCACGAUGAGGUUAGAUGGAUGAGUGGAACCUCGACCAUAUGCAAAUUCUGCGAGAACAUCACCUCAAACUUAAGUGACAUAACAAAAGUGAAGCAAGUGAUUCAACUUCACUCAGAUAAAAAAAUUUUGGAACCAGGAAUCAUGAAAAAGAUUCUACUUCAUGUCGUGCAUUCAACCAUCAACUUUAAAGUGAUAAACUCUUGUUCCUACCUCAUUCAGCAUUUCAAAGUGAGCAAGGAUCAGAUCUGCUCCUUGAUGAAUGAGAUAAGCAACGAAGUGAAGGAUCGAAAACAAGCAGAAAAUUUCCUAGGUCUCCAUAUUUUCUUUUUGAAGGAUGAAAAUGUCUCGCUCUUUUCUAUGAUGCACAUUAUUGACUUUUUCAGAUGCAAACAGAAACUAAUGGAGGUCAUCUGCAGCAUUAAAAAAAAAAUUUACGAGCAAUUUGUGAAUGAUCUUAUAAGAAGAAAAGUUGAAAGAUAUAAACUUUUUUGCGAACAAAAAAAAAUUCAGUUUCAUUUAAGAGAUGCAUUAAACAAAGUAGAUCUAUAUGAAAAGGAAGAUGCUUAUUUCAGUUAUGAUUAUGGGGAAGUAAAAAAUAUCUUUAAUAAAAAAUUGACAACUGAAAAAGGAAGAGAAUUUCAAGGUACUGAUAUGGUAGAAUAUUUAAGAGAAAGUAGUAAUGACAGAGGAGGGAACAACCUCCAAUGUGAUUCUGACAGUGGUACCUCUCCAAGUGCAGAAGCCGAGGACAAUGAAAAUUUGAUGGAACUGAAGAAAACUUAUGAAGAGAUACAAUCAUUUAAUGAAUCCAUAAUUGAACAUCUAGAACCGAAUCAGCACUUGUUCUAUUUUGAUGAAAACUAUUCUGAUUUGAAAAUAAACGAGGCAGAUGUCAAAGGUAAGAACCACAGCGAAGAAGGCAUGGGAAAACAUGAACAUGAACAAGGUCAAGAGGAGGUAGGACUAAAAGAGGGAGAAAUGGAAGAAGGGGAAGAAGAGGGAGAAGAGGGAGAAGAAGACAUUGAGUCGAUCCAAAAAAGGGUAGACAAAUAUAUACACGAAUAUAUAAGAGAUAACAAUAUGACAAUGGAACAAUUUUCUAAUGAAUUUGUGGAGCAAGCCGAUUUGAAUUUUAAAAUGUUCCUUAAAAAUGUGCGCCUUGAAAAUAAGCAAAACGAGAUUGGUGGAGUUGCACAUGGAGAAAACUCAUUUGAGGAGAAUUCCCAUGGAUGGAUUUCUAAAGGAGCUGUAAAAUCGUGCCUCCAGAAUGAUGAAAUAACAAAUUUCAAAUUACGCAAAUUGCAUGAAGAUAACAAAGAAGAUGUGCAAUUCCACCUAACCAACGACGUGUUGUAUGAACGUCUGAGAAAAAAAAUGCUUUAUUACCUUCAAAAGAUUGAAUACUUGAAAUUUAAAUAUCAGUAUGAUAUUAUUAAUGAAAAAUAUCCUAUAAAUAAAAAUGAAAAAACUGUUCUGGAUGUUUUGAAAUAUGGAUAUAAAAUAGUUGUAUCUCCGGACGUAGACAAUUCUGUAUUCCAUCAGAAUCAGCACAUGUAUGGAACUGCAUCUUCCAGCACUGGUUUCGAAAUGGAAGAUCCUCCUCGACACGAGGAACAAUCACAAGGAUCCACUACUCAACAGAUGGAAUCCACUCUCUGGCAUGGAAGUAGGACCUGGAGCAGAAAAGUGAAGCUGCAAAUUGGAGUGACAAAUUGGAGAAAUUAUUACGAUUUCAAGUGCCGAAAAUGUAAUUAUCAUAUUUUCAACACAAGCGGAGCAAAGGAAUUUCCAGAGAAGGUAAUAUCAUGCCCCCAGUGUCAGACGAAGUGUUGA